ACAGCCCAAUUAACCUGUAUACGCAGUAGGGUCGAGCAAUAAUGCAAAUUUUGGAAUUGGUCUGAUACCAAGUAAAUACAGGUGCAAUGUUGCUAAUACCAUAAUACCAAUGCUGAUCAUUUCAACUUUACAUUUGUUCAGAAUCAGAAUCAGAAUCAGAAAAGGGUUUAUUGCCAGGUAUGAUCAAACACAUACUAGGAAUUUGUUUUGGUAUAGUUGGUGCAGACACAUCUAUUAAAAAAGAAUGAAAAAUACAAAAUAUACAGAAUAACAGUAUAAAUAUACUGUACACAGUCUGUUUUUUGUUUGUUAUUGUUUAAGCUCAUAGAAUUAUUUUGUGAUUUUGCGUUUACUCAAUUGAUAUGUUUAGAAUACAAUACAAUGAAAGUACUCACCACUGGCACCGCCCUACAGUGACGGCUGUGUUAAUUUAAAUGCUUGUCAUUAGCCAUUAUGCUAGCGAUAACUAUGUGCUAGUGACGUUUAGCUUGGUGAAACUCAUUUGUUUCAUGUUAAGGGAAUUGGAUUUUUUUUGUAAUUAUUCCAGUGGUCGUCUUUUUGUUACAAUGACUUUAAUUUCGGGUCGGUUGGUUUCCACUAGUAGCCACAGUAUUGAGUUAAACUUUAGCUAGAAACCUAACUGGAGAGCUAAAGCUAGCUUGCAGACGCUGCUUGAAAUGCUGGAAGGCGCCCUCUCUCUAUUGGUUCUACAGCCUCGGGGGCGGUGGUUUCCCCGGCUUUUAGUGUGUGUGCGUACGCGCGCCUUGGGUUUGCACAGGGUGGUCGAGGAGGGGAUGGCUGAGGGGAAGCAUACUUGGCACGGCUCCCUCCUUUCUGCUUAGUUUAUACCGGGCGGCGAGAAGGAGGAAAAAAAAGUGUGUUUAUGUAGGGGGGAUGAGAUGCAUGUGUCAGAAAUAAAUAGUACGGGCAGCUUCGUGCGUGUUUUUUAGAUUUUUGUGUGCAAUGAGGCGCUUGCACGUCGCCCUGCGAAAAGCCUCCGUCGAUCCGGCGACCUGCUACUGACAAGCGGGGAGACGAGGGACUAGGGGCCGCCUUGUGGAGAGCACCGCCGUGGAAACCAUGCAGUUUGCAACCUGGCUGAUUGCACUCAUGUGUCAACUCCCAGCACUCGUCCGGGUCACCGUGCAGCACCGCUUGCAUCCAAAACAAGAAGCCUUCAUCAAGCAGCUGUCAUCCUAUGAAAUCACCAGCCCGCUGCGGGUCAACGACUUCGGGGAGUCCUUCCCGCACACUCUGCACUACAGGCGGAGACGUAGGAGUUUAAAUGACGACCUCUCCGCCGCCCUGCGGGUCCACUACCGAAUCGACGCGUUCGGCCAACGUUUUCACCUCAACCUUAGCGGGUACUCGGACUUUAUCGCGCCCGCCUACACCGUCACACACUUGGGAGCGGAGCGGAGCGACUCAACGGGAGGAGAGCAGAAGGAGGCCGACAUGCGCCACUGCUUCUUCCGAGGUCACGUCAACUCCAGGAACGAGCAGCCGGCGGUGGUCAGCCUGUGCACUGGCUUGAUCGGCACUUUCACAACAACAGAUGGCGAGUACUUUUUGGAGCCACUCCUGAGCGUCAAGGGAGAGGAGUACGACGACGAGCACCACAAACCUCACCUCGUCUAUCGACACGAGAGGAAGCGAAAUACCUGGAGCAUGAGCGACACCAGCCAACCAGAGCCUUGUUUGGCCUCAGCAGACGCCUCCAAGCAGCCGGACUCCUUGGAGGCUCGAGAGAACUUGGGCGGGGAGCCGGACUCUCUGAGAGCCACCACCAAUGACAGCGGUGACACGAGCCAUUCCAACGGAACGCAGCACAGAACCCCGCGCAGACGGAAGCGCUUCCUUUCCUACCCGCGCUAUGUUGAGCUGAUGGUGACGGCCGACGCCAAAAUGGCCCGACACCACGGACGAAACCUGGAGCACUACAUCCUCACAAUCAUGUCAGUAGUAGCGGCCGUGUACCGCGACCCCAGCGUAGGAAACCUCAUCAACAUCAUGAUUGUCAAGCUGCUCGUCAUCCACGAUGAACAGCAAGGUCCUGCAGUGAGUUUCAACGCUGCCACCACUUUACACAACUUCUGUACAUGGCAGCAGAAACAAAACGUGCAGGAUGACAGCCACCCCUUCCACCACGACACAGCCCUCCUCAUCACCAGGGAAGAUAUCUGCCGGGCAAAAGACAAGUGUGACACUCUUGGGCUUGCAGAACUGGGGACGAUGUGCGACCAGUACCGCAGCUGUUCUAUCAGCGAGGAAAACGGAAUUAGUGCCUCCUUCACCAUCGCUCACGAGCUGGGCCAUGUGUUCAACAUGCCUCACGACGACAACCCCAAAUGUCGGGAGGCCGGCAUGAAGCACCAGUAUCAUGUCAUGGCUCCCACCCUCAACUACGACACCAACCCCUGGUCCUGGUCAAAGUGCAGCCGCAAGUACAUCACAGAGUUCCUUGACACCGGCUAUGGGGAGUGCCUUCUAGACGAGCCAGUCGGACGAACGUAUGAGCUGCCCACCCUCCUACCUGGUCAAAUUUACAACGCCAACAGACAGUGUGAACUCAUGUUUGGACCUGGGUCCCAAAUUUGCCCCUAUAUGAAACAAUGCAAGCGGCUGUGGUGCACAAGUGCCGAGGGGGACCAUAAAGGAUGUCGGACACAACACAUGCCGCUGGCUGAUGGGACGGAAUGCGGGCACGAAAUGUAUUGCAGACGCGGCAUGUGUGUCAACAAGGAGCUGUACCUGCAGCCUGUGGAUGGGGAAUGGGGGCCCUGGGGACCCUACAGCACUUGCUCCAGGUCCUGUGGCGGCGGGACGAAGAGCACCACCAGAGAAUGCAACAAGCCAGAGCCGAGGAACGGCGGGAAAUUCUGCGUGGGACGCAGGAUGAAGUUCCGCUCUUGCAACACUGAGCCAUGUCCGCGAGGGCGCAAGGAUUUCCGCGAGGAGCAGUGCUCUCAGUUCGAUGGCAAGCACUUCAACAUCAACGGUCUACCUCCCAACGUCCGCUGGGUGCCCAAAUAUAGUGGCAUACUAUUGAAGGAUCGCUGCAAGCUCUUCUGCCGGGUUGCCGGUGCGACGGCGUAUUAUCCACUGAAGGACCGUGUCAUCGACGGCACGCCAUGUGGCACCGACACCUACGAUAUCUGCGUUCAAGGCCUCUGCAGGCAAGCUGGCUGCGAUCACGUCCUGAACUCAAAGGCUCGGAAUGACAAGUGUGGCGUGUGCGGCGGCGACAACUCUUCAUGCAAAACGCUGGAAGGGAUGUUCAAUGAUGCCCAGUAUGGCUACAACACAGUGGUCCGCAUCCCAGCUGGAGCGACCAACAUCGACAUCAAGCAGGUCAGCUACUCGGGAAAGCCAGAGGAUGACAACUACCUCGCCUUAUCCGAUGGCCAGUCUAACUUUCUGCUGAAUGGGAACUUUGUGGUGGCCAUGUUCAAAAGGGAGAUCACCUUCAAGGGGACGGUCAUCGAGUACAGCGGCUCCGACACCACAGUCGAACGCAUCAACUGCACUGAACGCAUCGAGGAGGAUCUCGUUCUACAGGUCUUGUGUGUGGGAAACCUCUACAACCCUGACGUGCGUUACUCCUUCAACAUCCCCAUCGAGGAGCACAUGGAGGAGUUUGUGUGGGCACCUUCAGGCUCUUGGCUGGAGUGCAACCGCAUCUGUCAGGGUGAGCGUCGUCAAAAGACGGCGUGUGCACGUAAGAGCGAUCACAUGGAGGUGUCGGAGCAGCGAUGUGAACACUUACCUCAUCCGGCUGCUGUCACUGAGCCCUGCAACACGGACUGUGAAGUCAGGUGGCAUGUCACCGGGAAGAGCGACUGUUCAGCCAAGUGUGGACCAGGCUAUCGCAGCCUGGAAGUUCAGUGCAUGAAGUACAACCUGAUGAAAAGGCAGAGCCAUCCGGUGGCGGCCAGCACCUGCGCCGACAUCGCCAAACCUGCCACCCGAGAGUCCUGUCAUGGCGACUGUCUCCUCAAGAGCUGGCAGUACAGUGCCUGGUCACAGUGUUCCAAGACGUGCGGCCGAGGGAGUCGUAGCAGAGAGUCGUACUGCAUGAGCAACCUGGGCCGUCACCUGGUGGACAGGGAGUGUGGUGAAUACCAGCGGGUCCUCACAGAAGUCUGCAAUGAGCAACCAUGUCCCAAAUGGCGUGCCAGCGACUGGAGCGAGUGCCAGGUCACCUGUGGCAAGGGCGUGAGACACAGGCAGGUGUGGUGCACGCAAGCUAACGCAGACCAAAAGCUGAGGGAGCAUUCAUGCAACCCUUCCAGCAAACCCGCUUCCGUCGGGACCUGCGAGCUGCCCGACUGUGCUUCCUGGCAGGCUGGCGUGUGGGGUGCAUGUUCUGUGACGUGUGGUCAUGGAUACCAGGCGAGAGCGGUGCGGUGUGUGUCGGGCAACUACGGCAACACGGUGAAUGACAGGGAGUGCAAUGCUGCAGCCAGGCCCCGAGACAGUCAGGACUGUGAGAUGCCGGCAUGUCCGUGGGCCUCUCCCGUCCAAAGCACGCCUUGGCCUGAUAACUCUGCUCAGCUCCUGAUGCAAUGGCGAUAUGGCUCCUGGACAGCGUGCUCUGCAACCUGUGGCAAAGGAGCGCGAGCACGCUACGUCAGCUGCCGAGACGCCCAUGGAGGUGUCGCUGAUGAGUCCCAUUGCGCCCACCUGCCCCGCCCCCCAGAGACUUCCGAUUGCUUCAGUCCCUGUGGCCAGUGGCGCUCCGGGGAGUGGUCUACUUGUUCAGUGACGUGUGGUGCCGGGCGCUCCACCCGACAAGUCCUUUGCUCCAACUACCACCAGCCUGUGGACCAGUCCUUCUGCGACCCAGACGAGAGGCCGACGACAGAGCAGGACUGCAGCGCAGCAGCCUGCUCCUCAUCCUCCCGCCACCAGCGCAUCAACGACCAGCCCUACGGAUCCCCCAAAGAUCCUGGGCGCCAUCCCGGCCACAACAGCUGGAAUGUGCCGUCCACAGACAACCAAUGGAGGACGGGACCCUGGAGCGCAUGUUCCAGCACAUGUGCAGGCGGAUUCCAGAGGCGCGUGGUGGUCUGUCAGGAUGGUGACGGCCGCAGUAACAGCUUCUGCGAUGAGCGUGUCAAACCGGCCGAGUCCAAGAGCUGCAAUGCGGGGGCCUGCCCCCUGUGGAACUACGGCAUCUGGGCACAGUGCACUCAGAGCUGCGGCGGCGGCAGGAGGACUCGUCUGGUCGUGUGUCAGAGGCCCAGCGGCGAGAGGCUCAGCGACUACAACUGCGACGUCCUCAACAAGCCUCCCGACACAGAACAGUGUAACCUCCAGCCCUGCCCAGGCUCCGGCUCCUGGCACCGCAGACCAUGGAAGCCGUGUUCGGUGACUUGUGGCCGCGGCACCAAACACCGGGAGAUCACCUGCGUUGACCACAAGAACCAAAGCAAACUGGAGGAGCAGCACUGCCGUCACCUUCCUCGGCCACGGGCACAGAAGACUUGUCGGGGCCGAGGGUGUCCAACUUGGAAGGCCAACAGGUGGAGCAAGUGCUCGGUUACAUGUGGAGUUGGACUCCAGAGCCGAGACAUCUACUGCAGGCUGAAAGGGAGCGGAAAAGUCAGAGAAGAUCUAUGUGACACUUCAUCACGACCCCCUGAUGUCCAGCGGUGCCAAACUACAGAAUGCACCCGUUACAGUUGGAUAGCUGCUCCGUGGAAGGAAUGUAACGCCACCUGUGGCCCCGGCAUGAGGACCAGGCUGGUGGACUGCACAGACUACGGGAUGACACCCGUGCAGGCGGAUUACUGCGAGCCAUCACUCCGACCGCCGUCGCAUCAGCCUUGUAACGGAGCGCCAUGCCACUAUGUGUGGGCCACAGGGGAAUGGUCCCAGUGCUCCGCAAACUGUGGCAUGGGCUACCAGCAGCGUGUCGUCUCCUGCUCCACGAUGCUCUCCUCCCAGGCUCAGCCUCUUUACUCCGCCCAGUCACCCACCGCCGCCACCCACUGCCCGGAACCCCGCCCUCCCAGCAGCAGACCCUGCCUCCUCAAGGAAUGUCCGCAAGCAUCCUAUUGGAAAGUUGGACCUUGGAGUAAGUGCUCUCAAACCUGCGGGGCAGGAGUAUUGGAGCGCAGUGUGGAGUGUGUGACUUCCAAAGGACAAGUGUCCAAGCAUUGCCGUCCCUUGGAAAGACCAGAGUCUCAAGCUGCGUGUCAGGACAGAGAAUGCCAAUCCUUCACUUCCUGCCGUGAAAUCCAGAUGCAUCAGGGCAUGAGGAUGGAUGGAGAGUAUUACCUCAAAGUCAGGUCCCGCACCCUCCAGAUAUAUUGCACAGAAAUGGAGACCAACUUACCCAAGGAGUAUGUUACGCUACGCAGUGGCCAGACGGACAACUACUCUGAGGUGUACAGCUACAGGUUGCUCAACCCCUUCGAAUGCCCCUACAAUGGCAGCCGAAGACAGGACUGCAGCUGCAGGAAGGACUACUCCUCUGCGGGGUACACCCUUUUCCACAAGGUCCGCCUCGACCUGAGCACCCUGAGGAUACUGAUCACCGACCUCCGCUUUUCCCACACGCCUGUCGGUCGGCCUGUGCCCUUCGCCACGGCGGGAGACUGUUACAGCGCCGCCAAGUGUCCGCAGGGCCAGUUCAGCAUCAAUCUGAUCGGCACCGGCCUCAGAGUGGCCGAGGCCACCAAAUGGACAUCUCAGGGCAACUAUGUCUCAGUCAAGGUACACAGGUCGGAGGAUGGUAAAAGAAUCUACGGGCGUUGUGGAGGUUUCUGCGGGAAGUGCAUUCCUCAGGUGCACAAUGGCCUGCUCCUCGAAGUCGACUGAGCAUCCUGAAGACAGCCGACCAGAAAACAAGCAAGCAGCCAUACUGGUUAGUUGGACCUCAUCACAUGACCUCCUUAAAACAAAACGUGGUGCUUCUCCAAGCUGCCUUAUUCAAACUUUAGUGGAAGGAGCAAUGUUUGCGAGAUGAGUCAAUGAUCAAAUGAUCAAAGAAGACAAAGGGACACCUAAAAAGGACGAGGAAUGCAACCAAAAAACAUGGGAGUUAUCAUUUUUUAUUACAUAAAUACACAGCACAGUGUGUAUUGUCUUCAAGGAAUAACAUUUUUUAAUGCUUGUUUGUUGUGUUUCUUUAUGCCUGAAAUAAGAAAAUGCAAUGAGGGCCAGCAGCAUAGCCUCACCUAGCUUAGCCCACCUUAGCUUCUCUCUGUUAACAUUUUAGCUUAGCUUAGGUUGGUAUAGUUUAGCUUGUCUUACCAUGUCUCAGCUUAUCUUAGGGUAGACUUGCUUUGCUUCUGAUAUACAUGUCUGGAACAUUUGGGAUCAAUUUCUCUAAUGUGACUACAAAGAGUAGUGAUCAAAAUUAUUUUAGCAGCAGCCAGUGUACCUGACAUCCAACUCAACAUCACAGAAAUACUCUAAAUGCGCUAAUGAUAACGUUUAUUUAGCAAUAAUUGUGAGUAUGCCAUGUCCAAAAUGCGAACUCAUUAUACAUAACUUAAUGAUUUGGAGUGCAUGACAAAAGUGAAAACAAGACUGCUCUUUUUGACCACACGGUCAUGAUCAAGUAUACUGCUUCGACACAGCAGCAACAGAACCAAAAGAAUAUCAGCAAAGGUAGCUGUUUCAGAAGUCUUAACUUCCUAGUUGAUACAUGCUCGGCCCCAUCCCCAAGGUGUAAGAGUUGACUGGAAACAACAGUAUGGCAAGUGUAACAUGCAUUACUUUCACACCAAUAUCGGACUAGUAAUAUUUUAGUGGACGCGGAGCAACAUACAGCUGCUGGAUUCUUCAAAUGCCACUACUGCCAUCUUGUGUACAUCAGGUAACCUCCUGAUGCUGUGGCCCUGGCGGUUUAUUGAAUAGAGGUGUAAAUUGGCACAUUUACAGUACACAAUGUCAGAAAUGAUGAAAUACACUCCUGAUUAUAAUGUUAAGACAUACUGUUGGACCUUCAGGAGGUUCUAGAGUCCCCUUUAAUGACUUCAAAAAUGGGUUAGGGCAUGCUUGAUGCCAGUGGAGGCUAGUGGGAAUGUUGAAGAUGGCUUCAUGGAGGGUAUCCAUUGUUGAUGUCCAUUUUUAUACUGCCAUCCAUCCCCAAAUGUUCUCAAUUGGAUUUGGAUAAGGCGAACAUUGAAAAACACAGGAUGGCCGAAAAGAGUGAGCAUAUUCCUGUGGAAGAAGUCCUUUGCCAGGCGGGCAUUGUGACCUGCAGCGUUGUCCUGUUGUCAUGUCAUGUUUGUUGUUGUCAUGCCAGUAACCAUCAGGACCAUCAAGGUUACAUUCUUUCUCAUCAGAGGAUAUCCCCAACCUUUCAAUGUCCCAUGCAUCGUGCUCUCCUGCAAAUUCCAAAGUAGUGGUUUGAUGGACUUGAAGGUGAUGAAGUCUUUGAAGACAUUUUUUUCUUCUUUAAAGCCUUUUCUGGCAGAUGGCGGCUGAUGGUCAUUGGACUGCAACAAACUUCAUUUUGGCCGAGGAUGGUCCCGUGUCUUGACAGACAGCCAGUGGGAUCCUCCAGCUCAGGGCUGGACUUUUUUUUUUGCUCCAUAACCCUCAGGAUCUUUGAAUAAGUCUUACCACGUCCAUCCUCAGCUGUCAUGGCUAGGUGAGAUACAGCUCAACAAUCCCACUGCAUUCAAGAGAGAAAGCUUUUUUGCCUUUCUUUUCCUCUUUGAAAAAAAUCCCCCUGAAGUCUAAGGCACUUUCCCAGCCUUCCCUGCCAUGUUUUGAUGCAGUCAGUUAGGAAGCAACCGAGUUAGGAAGUACAUAUUAUUUUUGGACAGUAACUGUGGGAUGCUAAGAGCAUUAUGAGCAGGCUUGUUAUCACGGUGAAGCAUCCACGAGUUGUCCGACCACACGUGUGGUCCGUUCUCACGCACUGAAUGAAGCAUACGCCGCAGAAUCUCUUUGGAGGCAUGCUGGCUGAUUGCAUCCCGUGGAAGAAUGAAAUAAACAGUCCUGGAACUUUUCUGACACAUGUUGUAUAGACAGACCAUUCACUUUCAAAUUCACACCAAUUAACCGAGCAUGCAUAUUUUUUGGAAUGUGGGAGGAAGGUGGAGCCUCCGGAGGAAACGCACGCAAGCAUGGUGAGAACAUACAAACUACACACAGAGACGAUCAAACGGAGACACAAACUCCUUAAGAUGCAACAGUGCAAAUGUAAAUUCUUGCAAUUUUUCAACUAACAUUUUGAUCAGGAGUGUAAUGUCAUGUCUCGUCGGAUGAUAUGAACUACUGAUGUGCUUUUUAUACAGUAUCAAAGGCUGAUGCAUUAGAGAAGACAGAGGAUAUAUUUUUAUCUUUUAUUUACUGAUUAUAUAGUGUGUUCUGUCUACUGUAGGAUGUCUUUCACAACUUGAAAGAAACAGGCCAUUGAUGGACCUUGGAGGACUACACUAGCUUAUAUGUGGUUGACUUGUCUCAUUUUAAUGUUUGUUUUGUUUUUCAUUUGAACAAGUUCUGUCAGUUGUUACCUGCAUCCCCUACCUCUCUAUUUACAUUCGACUAUUUAUUCUGGAACCACCUUUGUGCAGGAGCCAUGGUCUUGCUGCUUAUCCCAUCCUGCUUCAUGUUGCUCUCUGCGUUAGGAUAACCACUUUGAACCUCUUGGAUGGUGCUGUUUGGAACGACUACUAUUCUCAUUACCUCGCAUCUUGACCUUUGAACCACUGGCUGUCAGGGUUUGGCUUGCAAACCUAGGAUUGUUCAUGUAUGGUCGCAAUGGUUGGCAGUUAUGCAAUAUUUGGGCAAAAGAGUUGGGGCACACUGCAAAAUUGAGAGGACUUACUAUAUAUUCAUACCAAAGAUGGUUGAGCAGCACAAGCCCACAUACCAGACUCGUUUUCACCAAGGGUCACAUCACGGUUAUGCUUACCCCCACUGUGAUACCAUAUAAAUUUGCAAUCACCUCAUGAUAUGACUACACAUUUUGCAAUGUUUUACCAAUACACGUACAUUGAAAUGUACUGGCGCAAGCAAAAAUCGGGGCAUACGGUCGGCCCCUGUUUAUUGUAGUUAAUUGGUUCCAGAUCCUGUAGACAUGAAAUAGCAUCCCAACAGUCUCCAUUUACACUCGUAUUUUUUUAUUUUUUUUUUUUUACUAUUAAUUCACACCACAUUGCACAUGCAAGCUAUCGAGAUGAUGAGUUGGCCUCCUAUUUAAUUAUUCUAAACUUAAGUGUUGAAAACAAACUGGCAACAAAGGACAAAUUGAAGUACAAAAAACCUACCUCUUCCACACGGAAUGGAGAGACAAUCUUUUUCUACUCCCAUUAUGUCGGACAUGCCACGGCCAACUUCAUGCAUUGUGAGAUAAUGUAAUCUAAUGUCAUGUCUCAGUGUAAUAUUACUGACGCCUCGUGACCACAAUAGUGCAUAUAAAUUGUCUGUCAAUAUAUUUUCACUAAUAGGCCAUAGAAACAGUGAUCAUGUCAUAAUUUUUUUCAAAAACACAAUACAGGAGAAAUUUUCGAGCAAGUGGAGCAAGGGAUGGCUUUCGGCACUCCCCUCAUUUAUGGCGAGUAAUUGUUUUUCGACCCGAAAGUGAAUUUCCACAAAUUAGGAUUCCUUAUUUAUAAAUGAAAUAUUUUGGUACUUAAAACAUAAAAGACCCGUUUACCACCUUCAAAAUGUGCUUUUUAAAGGGGACAUAUAUAUAUGCUUUUUUCCACUUUUCUGACCUGUUGAAGUGGAAUACAACACUCUAACAUGCGGUUUUGUAGCAUUAUAGAGUGUGCAUCAAGGAGCGGUGUGUAAGUUACAAGCUCACUGAUGUCUGGAGUUGCUAAUAGUCCUUUUUCCACCACCAGUCAGUGGUCUACCCAAGUUAGCCCCGCAAAAACAACCUAACCACUUUGCAAAUAGCUCUCCAAAGGCUUUGUUCAUUUAUUAUCAACUCCUAUACAAACAAAAUUAGAAAGUGGUAUUUGACAGUAGGAGUCCACAACUCAAUACAAAGGGACGGAACAUAACCAUAAUGGGUCCCCUUUAACAAUAAUAUUACAAAAUUGAGAAAAAAAAUAGACUCGCACAUGUUAGCAUUGGAAGCGUUCCUUGUUCUUUUUACAAUUCCUGUUUCUACACAAUCCUUACACAAUGUAACAUUACUGGUAUCUAGUGACUAAUGUACAAUACUACCUAGCACAGAGUGCCUUUGAAUGUGUUUUCUGAAUGCCUUAUAUCUGUAUAUGUAUUUCAGUUCAUUCAGCCUUCUUAUUAGAAGUGCACGAGGUUGAUAUGAGGAAUUAUGACGAUCCUUUAACCGCUAUUUUUUUUUUUAAAUCCAAUGGAGAUUACCCAUACAGAUCUGGUGAACAAAUCAAGUGUUCCUUUUUCUCCUCCUGCCUGCGACGUUAACAGCCUGUGCUAACUUCCCCUGAGCUGAUCAUUUCAGAAAUUUCAUAUGCUCGUUGCACCAAAUGCUCCACGAUGAGGGGAAAAAAACAUCUCGCGUCAACAGCAACGCUACGACACCCGGGGCUUGUCCCUAUCGCCACAGCAUUUUGAAAGUGCAAAAAGAUGAUGAUCUGUGAGUUCAUCAUGCAAAUGAUGGUACUGAAUGAAUAUCCCUUUACAGUGGUACCUUGUCAUACGACUGUCCCAACUAACGACCUCUCUGGGCUGAUUGUUGUUUUUUUUUUUGCUUGGAAAUGCGAGCUGAAAUCUGGGUACAAGCUACUAGUUAAUGGCAGGCAUAGCCGAGGACAGCAAUGUUGGGCCUUUUGUCAUUUCGCCGCUAGCAUUAGCGAGCCAGCAGUUCACUAACUAGUCAUUGACACAUCAGUAAAACAUGCGUACAUGAUAGCAAUCUAAUCUAUUUUAUUCGUUAUGGAUUGUGUAAAACUAUGAUAGGAACAUAAAAUUAAAACCACCAAAAAGAUCAGGAAAAAGCCAAAAGAAACAAACAAAAAAUGAAUACAGAUUUUUUUUUCGGUUACAUUGCAUAAAUAAAUAUGCACGUUAGCACUCAAUAAAGUCAACGUUUAUGCAUUCCCACACAGUAUCAACACUUGGAAUCAAACAUGAAGAAAAUACAGUAUAGUCGUCUGUGUGAAUUUGUCUUGGAGAUGAAUAAAGUAUCUCUUUAUGCAGUGUGUGAACGGGAGAAGGUGCAUUCAAGGAUGGUCAAAGAAAGUGGGACAAAUAUCCGCUCGCAUUAAGCAUUCAAAAACUGUGGGAUUUCUAACUGCAUAUUAUUUUUGAAGUCACCAUCCACCAGUACGGGCCUUUCAGAGAGGUUGUGUACCAAACAAAUGUGUACAUUAGUACUAUAAGGUCAUCUAAUAUUACCUUUUUACAUUACCACAUAGGAUCAGCAUUUGGGGUGAGGUGAAAAAAGGGCAGAUACAGUAUCGUAAUAGUAGUACUGUCAUAGUUCUGUGCAGUGUGGGACAAAGUAUAAAGUGCAUUAAAGUACUGUCAAGCAAACUGGGACAAAACACUGCUUGCAUUAAACUCUUCUAACUGUAUUUUAAAAUUGUAAAUAAUACUAAUAAAAUUUCAUUUUGCUAUCGUUGUAGUUGCAUAUCAAAUAGUUGACCACAAAGGGAUUGACAUCUCUACAAACUUCUUCCGUCUGUCAUUAAUUGUAAUUCAUUAUGAGUUAAACAUAGACAAAAUGUUUUAAGUGAUUGACAACCCUGGUUAUAAUAUACACAUAUUCCAUCAUCCACAAUCCUUGCAUCAAACAUGAACACGUCUCUCGUUUCUGUUUAUUCUUGUGCCUUGGUUUUUUUUUUCACCAGAGGAUAGUGUGCAAUGGAGCAGAAUGUCCAUUAUCUUACAUAGUAAAGGGAGGGCCCCGACUUUGAAUGUGACACUUGAACGUCUUGGCCAUUGCCCAAGUAUUUACAAGCAGUGUGAUAAAUCUACAAGGCAUUUAUGACACACGCCUGCCUUUUGUUUUUGGAAAAGUGGCAAAUCUGGCCUUUUUGAUAGUCAAUUGGGUACAAUUUAUAGCUGAACAAUGUGUAGAGGACAUGGCUAUACGGGGAUCCUGCUUACUAAAAUGGCUGCCAAGCUUGACCAUUGUCUACUUUGAUAUAUAGCUCCACAAAUCGGCGCUCUGCCAUCUUUGGUACAUAUUACAUGAUAUAUUGUCUAUUAUAACACAUGCACCAAUGACAAAUCCUACAUAAUAUAUUGUCAAGUAUGAUAAAGAAUAUUCAUUUACCACCAUUCAAAAAUGUCUGCUCAAUGAUGAAUUAGUCUAGCUUGCAGUGUCCCAUUUAUCGAGAAUAAUAUGAGGUUUGCCUGCAGAAAACAAUGUGAAAUCAUUAUGAAUGAGGAAUGAAGGGGAUAAAUGAACAUUUAACAGCACUUUGCCCAAUGUUGUUGGUGAAUACGCCGUUGUUGUUCUUGGUGAUGAGUUCCUUCUUGGAUUUCUAAUAGUGUUUACCUUCUCUGUCAGAUUGCUGGUAAAUGUACUUACUCAAUACAAAAUGCAUGGCAUAGCUACACGGCGGGUGUUUUGUUUGUGCACUGGAUUCCGUGGAAGCAUACAGUACAGGGCAAGAGGUUCUCUGGUUAUGUUCAAUUAACUCCAAAGUCACACAGUAAAAUUGUAAUACAUAAUAGUAACAAAACACUAAAUGCCAUAAUUAAAUGAAAGAGUAAUGAAAAAAUAAUAAAAGCCAAAGAACUAGCAAUAUUUCAUGUAAACCAUAAAACCACAGUAAGACCAGAUUCUACAUUCAUAAGGUCAGCGCUUACAGGAUGUGUAGCGCUAAAGACAAACUGUCACGUGUCCUGACUGUGGCUGCGUGAGUUUGCUGAUGUUGCUUUGGCUUGGUUGGUCCGACUGCAUCAAACUGAGGACCACCUGCCGUUUUCUUCGCAAUAUACAAUAUUGCACAAUAGCUGAGACAAAAACCAGGGCGAAAAUUUUCAGGGGUGUUGGAAAACUGAGGUUUGACUGUUUGCGGGGUUUCCUUGUUUUUUGAAUGUUCUAAAAUGUAUCUUGAAUGAGACAGGUGGUCUUAUUUUGGGCAAAACUCUUUAGUUUAGUCUUGGUGAGAUGUUUUGGACAAUUCUAUGCUUAGGAAUAUUUUCCCCACAUUCCAGCAUGAUCGGUGUGGUGUGGAGGUUUUUUUGUUUUUCCAGAAGGUUUUCCCAGAAUUUCCGCUUCCUGUCAGCGUGGCCUUGUCCCAUUACUUUUGCCCACCCGGUGUAGCGCAAAGCAGUAAAAUUGCAGCGCACGGUGCAGACUAACACUCCCACCUCCCUUUUUGUUCUUAAAGCUUUAACCAAAAAGUUAGUAGUCAUAAACGGUUUGUUUUGAUUCUCAAUAGAAGAAGUCAAUGAGCAGCUAGAAAGCCUUCCUUCGUAUGCGUACGUAUAUGAAGGGCUACGUGUGCUAUGAGAUCUGUAUCAGAAAUGGAAAGAAUAUGUGACGCACUAUGUGCCAAACCUUUUGUAGAAAUGUAUUCCUCUUUUCUUGUACUCGUUUUAUUUGUAUUGUAAUAACCGUGAAGCAUUGUAACUUAUAUGUUAUGUUAUUUUGGGUAAUAUCCCUACUUGAAUUGCAGGCUAAUGAACUCUGUAAGAUUUGGGCAUUGAACAGAAGCAUGGCAUUAUCCAAAGAUGUUACUAUGCAGUUUAUAUCAAAACAAAGGAUUUACUGUACACUGGUGCAAUGUUACUAACUAUACCAUGACUUUACGUCUUGCCAACUAACACUAACAUUUUUUGGAACACAAGGAAUAAAAGCCCUCC